AUGGCUCCUCGGCUGCUUCUAAUUGCUUCGCUACUACUACUGCUACUGCUCUUUUCACUCCGUCUCGGCGAGACGCGUCGAGUCCUUGAAUCCGAAACGACGAGUGAGGGACGAGGAGGGAGAUCGCUGCUCAACUACACCACCAUGGGUAAGUGCAGGGCGUCGUGGACGUUCAACCUGUGCAAGAGGGCGUGCGGGACGUGCUGCGAGAGGUGCAACUGCGUGCCGCCGGGCACUUACGGCAACUACGACACCUGCCCUUGCUAUGCCCAAAUGACCACCCGAGGAGGCCAACGCAAAUGCCCUUAA